GGGUCUUCUCUCAACUGUUCCCUGAUGCGAAGACCAAGCUGCCAAUGAACUCGACUAACACGGCUGGCAACCACAUUCGCAUAAAAAAUAUCAGGGUGGAGACCGGACAGCAAGGAUGACAGCGUGCAGGUAUACCACACGAAUGUGACGCCUGAUGGUAGCAGAUUCAACGUCACAUCUUUUACCAAUGGUGAUCUUUAUAUUGGCGGCUGGGGUGCGAUGCCCGAAGAAGUUUCUGGACCUGGCUACAUCUGUUCACGCCCAGCCCUCGGAGAUCAAAGCUAGGAUUCCUGUGAUGAGGGAGUAUGUCAAUGCUGACCCCACCAAGGAACUGGACUACUUUGACGCUAGAAGGCGCUACCGUCCGAUUAUCACAAAGAUUAACUGGGACCUGUUGAGUAAGGACAGUACGUCGAUCUCUGCUCCUGAGCCAUUCGAUCCCGAGAAAGCUGUCAUUACAGGCGGACUAAUGACCAAAUCGGGCCAUUCCAACGAUGGUAUUGCUCUUGGACUUAGUAGCGGGAAGGUUGCGAGUGAGUUGGUGAUGGGCAAACCACCGCCAGGUGAUAUAUCGAGCCUCGGUCUUCCUCAGGGCACACGCUUUUGAUUCUACUGGGGUUCCAUUCAUCAACUUGCCGUACCUGUGGAGCAAGCGCGCUUUGGAUUUCGUUUACUAUACGACACGACCAAAAACCACGGUAGUCAUCGCGUUGGGUCAACGAUGACAUAUCUGCAAUAGGUUGAGACUGUAGAGUUCUGCGCAAAAUCACACGUCGUCGGACUUUCUGGUGUUAAGCUGCACCCUUCCCGCCCGCCAGCCACAAGCACCUACACUUUCUACCAGCCUCUGGCCUGCGUUGAGUUUCAGGACUAAAAAGUUGUUGAGAGUGGUUGUGGAGCUUCACAGUGGCGCAGAAGUACUAAAACUAGGUGUGGCUGUUAGUGAAAUAACUAUC